AUGCCGCCUCCCGAGUGCCGAGUCUCCCGAGUGCCGAGCCUCCCGAGUGCCGAGUCUCCCGAGUGCCGAGCCUCCCGAGUGCCGAGCCUCCCGAGUGCCGAGCCUCCCGAGUGCCGAGCCUCCCGAGUGCCGAGUCUCCCGAGUGCCGAGCCUCCCGAGUGCCGAGCCUCCCGAGUGCCGAGUCUCCCGAGUGCCGAGCCUCCCGAGUGCCGAGUCUCCCGAGUGCCGAGCCUCCCGAGUGCCGAGCCUCCCGAGUGCCGAGCCUCCCGAGUGCCGAGCCUCCCGAGUGCCGAGCCUCCCGAGUGCCGAGCCUCCCGAGUGCCGAGCCUCCCGAGUGCCGAGUCUCCCGAGUGCCGAGCCUCCCGAGUGCCGAGUCUCCCGAGUGCCGAGCCUCCCGAGUGCCGAGUCUCCCGAGUGCCGAGCCUCCCGAGUGCCGAGCCUCCCGAGUGCCGAGCCUCCCGAGUGCCGAGCCUCCCCGAGUGCCGAGCCUCCCGAGUGCCGAGUCUCCCGAGUGCCGAGCCUCCCGAGUGCCGAGCCUCCCGAGUGCCGAGCCUCCCGAGUGCCGAGCCUCCCGAGUGCCGAGUCUCCCGAGUGCCGAGCCUCCCGAGUGCCGAGUCUCCCGAGUGCCGAGUCUCCCGAGUGCCGAGCCUCCCGAGUGCCGAGCCUCCCGAGUGCCGAGCCUCCCGAGUGCCGAGCCUCCCGAGUGCCGAGCCUCCCGAGUGCCGAGCCUCCCGAGUGCCGAGUCUCCCGAGUGCCGAGCCUCCCGAGUGCCGAGCCUCCCGAGUGCCGAGCCUCCCGAGUGCCGAGUCUCCCGAGUGCCGAGCCUCCCGAGUGCCGAGCCUCCCGAGUGCCGAGCCUCCCGAGUGCCGAGCCUCCCCGAGUGCCGAGCCUCCCGAGUGCCGAGUCUCCCGAAUGCCGAGCCUCCCGAGCGCCGCGUGUCCCGAGUGCCGAGCCUCCCGAGCGCCGCGUCUCCCGAGUGCCGAGCCUCCCGAGUGCCGAGUCUCCCGAGUGCCGAGCCUCCCGAGUGCCGAGUCUCCCGAGUGCCGAGCCUCCCGAGUGCCGAGUCUCCCGAGUGCCGAGCCUCCCGAGCGCCGCGUCUCCCAGCGCCGAGCAGACCAUCUGGCAUAA